AGGGACCAUGACCCCGCUGCGGCCGCCGCUGCCGGUGCAGAGGCCGGAGCGGGGCGGCGACCGGUGGCGCGUUUCCGCAUGGGCCGAGCCCCGCGGCCGACAUGGGGCAGAGCGAGUCGGAGCCGCAGGAGGAGACGGAGGACGCGUCGCUGACGGCCGCGUUGCCCAAGCUGUUCGCCGAGGAGCAGCUGCAGACCGGCGCGGUCCUGGGGGCGAUGCUGGGGCUCGGCCUCUUCGUGGUGCUCGUCGCCGCCGCCAUCGCGGUGCUGGUCCGCAGGCUGCGGCUCAAGAAGGUGCCAGCUCAGGAGACGCCCAAAUACCGUUUCCGCAAGCGGGACAAGAUGCUCUUCUACGGGCGCAAGAUCAUGCGCAAGGUCUCCCAGUCCACUUCAUCCCUGGUGGACACCACUAUAUCCAGCACCUCCCGGCCCCGCAUGAAGAAGAAGCUCAAGAUGCUGAAUAUCGCCAAAAAGUUCUUGCGCAUCAAGAAGGAGCUGCCCACGCUGCAGCUGAAGGAGCCUCCGCCGUCGGUGCUGGAGGCCGACCUGACCGAGUUCGACGUGGCUAAUUCCCACCUGCCCUCCGAAGUGCUCUACAUGCUGAAAAACGUGCGGGUGCUGGGUCAUUUCGAGAAGCCGUUGUUUCUGGAGCUUUGCAAACACAUGAUCUUCCAGCAAUUCCAGCAGGGAGAAUACGUCUUCCGGCCCGGGCAGCCCGACACCAGCAUUUACGUGCUGCAGGAUGGCAAGUUGGAGCUGUUCCUGACGGAGCCGGAUGGGAAGGAGACCGUCAUGAAGGAGGUCUUUCCAGGCGACAGCGUGCACAGCCUGCUCAGCAUCCUCGAUGUCAUCACGGGGCACCAGCGGCCCUACCGAACGGUGUGCGCCCGGGCGGCGGAGGACUCCACCGUGCUGCGGCUGCCCGUCGAGGCCUUCUCGGCAGUCUUCGAGAAGUACCCCGAGAGCCUGGUGCGGGUGGUGCAGAUCAUCAUGGUGCGCUUGCAACGCGUCACCUUCCUGGCCUUGCACAACUACCUGGGGCUCACGAACGAGCUCUUCAGCCACGAGAUGCAGCCGCUGCGGCUCUUCGCCCAGCCCAGCCACGCGGCCCGUACCAGCCCCGUGCGCCACAGCAAGCGGGUCUUGAGCGCUGCCGUCGCCGACGAGGGCAAGGAGAGCGCGGCCAGGCCGCCGGAGGCGGUCAGAGACUCGGCCGAGUCGCUGAAGGCAGGAGCCCUGGAUGCCCCCGCGCCGCCGUUGCUGAGCCGCUGCAUCUCGAUGCCAGUGGAUAUCUCCGGCAUCCAAAAAGGUCCCCGCUCCGACUUCGACAUGGCCUACGAGCGCGGCCGCAUCUCGGUGUCGCUGCAGGAGGACAGCACCGGCGCCUUGGCCUCCUUCUCCCGGUCCAUCUCCCACGAGCCCAAGGAGCGCAAGUCGGUGACGGUGGAGGAGCAACCGUCGGGCGUCUACCACUACAACUACUGCGAGGACGAGACUGUGAGCAGCGACUGCCCCUUUGGGCCCUACCAGGGCCGCCAGAGCAGCACCAUCUUCGAGGCAGCAAAGCGGGAGCUGGUGAAGCUCAUGAAGGUGGAGGACCCGUCGCUGCUCAACAACCGCGUCUUGCUCCAUCACGCCAAGGCUGGGACGAUCAUCGCCCGUCAAGGGGAUCAGGACGUGAGCCUCCACUUCGUGCUCUGGGGCUGCCUGCACGUGUACCAGCGGAUGAUCGACAAGGCGGAGGACGUGUGCCUCUUCCUGACGCAGCCCGGCGAGAUGGUGGGCCAGCUGGCCGUGCUCACCGGCGAGCCCCUCAUCUUCACCAUCAAGGCCAACCGCGACUGCACCUUCCUCAAGAUCUCCAAGUCGGACUUCUACGAGAUCAUGCGGGAGCAGCCCAGCGUGGUGCUGAGCGUCGCCCACACCGUGGCCGCCCGCAUGUCGCCCUUCGUGCGCCAGAUGGACUUUGCCAUCGACUGGAUGGCGGUGGAGGCCGGGCGCGCGCUCUACAGGCAAGGCGACAAGUCAGACUGCACCUACAUCGCGCUCAACGGGCGCCUCCGCUCCGUCAUCCAGAAGGGCAGCGGCAAGAAGGAGCUCAUCGGCGAGUACGGCCGCGGGGACCUCAUCGGCGUGGUGGAAGCCCUCACCCGGCAGCCCCGAGCCACCACGGUGCACGCCGUCCGGGACACGGAGCUGGCCAAGCUGCCCGAGGGGACCCUGAACAACAUCAAACGCAGAUACCCCCAGGUCGUCACCCGCCUCAUCCACCUGCUGAGCCAGAAGAUCCUGGGAAACCUGCAGCAGCUCCGGGGCCCCUUCGCAGGCUCUGGCUUGGGCAUGGCCUCCAGCUCGGAGCCCACCAAUCCCACGAGCAACCUGUCGACAGUGGCCGUGCUGCCGGUGUGCGACGACGUGCCCACGGCCGCCUUCACCUUGGAGCUCAAGCACGCGCUCAAUGCCAUCGGUCCCACGCUGCUCCUCACUAGCGAUAUCAUCCGUGCCCGGCUCGGCUCAUCGGCGCUGGACAGCAUCCACGAAUACCGCCUGUCGGGCUGGCUGGCCCAGCAAGAAGACAUCCACCGCAUCGUGCUCUACCAAACCGACUGCACCCUGACGCCCUGGACCGUGCGUUGCAUCCGGCAGGCGGACUGCAUCCUCAUCGUGGGGCUGGGAGACCAGGAACCGGCUCUGGGAGAGCUGGAGCAGAUGUUGGAAAACACGGCCGUGCGCGCCCUGAAGCAGCUGAUCCUGCUGCACCGCGAGGACGGCGCCAGCCCUUGCCGCACCGUCGAAUGGCUCAACAUGCGCAGCUGGUGCUCUGGCCACCUGCACAUCAAGUGUCCCCGCCGCGUCUUCUCCCGCCGCAGCCCCACCAAACUGAGGGAGAUGUACGAGAAGGUGUUCGAGAAGAACGCCGACCGGCACAGCGACUUCUCCCGCCUGGCGCGGGUGCUCACCGGCAACACCAUCGCCCUGGUCCUGGGUGGAGGCGGCGCCAGGGGCUGCUCUCAUAUCGGGGUGAUCAAGGCCAUGGAGGAGGCAGGGAUCCCCAUCGACAUGAUCGGCGGCACCUCCAUCGGCUCCUUCAUCGGCGCGCUCUACGCCGAGGAGCGCAGCGCCGUGCGCACCAAGCAGCGGGCCCGCGAGUGGGCCAAGUGCAUGAACUCGGUGUUCGAGACCGUCCUGGACCUCACCUACCCCAUCACCUCCAUGUUUUCGGGCUCGGCCUUCAAUGCCAGCAUUAAUAAGGUUUUCCAGGAUAAGCAGAUCGAGGACCUGUGGCUGCCCUACUUCAACGUGACGACUGAUAUCACAGCCUCAGCCAUGCGGGUGCACACAGAUGGCAGCGUUUGGCGCUACGUCCGAGCCAGUGCGUCUUAUACCCCCUACCUACCUCCGCUCUGCGACCCCAAGGACGGCCACUGGCUCGUGGACGGCUGCUAUGUUAACAAUGUCCCAGGCUCGCUCUGGCGGUACGUGCGAGCCAGCAUGACCCUUUCUGGGUACCUACCGCCACUCUGCGACCCCAAGGACGGCAACUUGCUGAUGGACGGUGGUUACAUCAACAACCUGCCAGCUGACAUCGCCCGCAACAUGGGCGCCAAGACUGUCAUCGCCAUCGACGUGGGCAGCCAGGACGAGACGGACCUGUGCAACUACGGCGACAGCCUCUCGGGCUGGUGGCUCCUCUGGAAACGCCUCAACCCUUGGGCCGAAAAAGUCAAGGUCCCUGACAUGGCAGAGAUCCAGUCACGCCUGGCCUACGUGUCGUGCGUGCGGCAGCUGGAGGUGGUCAAGUCCAGCUCCUACUGCGAGUACAUCCGGCCCCCCAUCGACCGCUUCAAGACCAUGGAUUUUGGCAAGUUCGACGAAAUCUAUGACGUGGGCUACCAGCACGGCAAGGUGGUCUUCGACGGCUGGAGCCGCGGGGACAUCAUCGAGAAGAUGGUGAAGGACCGGCGCUCGGCCGACUUCUACGAGAGCAAGCGCAUGGACGUGCUGACGUGCCCCAGCGCCGGCUUCACGGACCUGGCAGAGAUCGUGUCCCGCAUCGAGCCCGCCAAGAGCUACGUGUCAGACGGUUACGCAGACGAGGAGUCCGACUACCUCACCGAGUACGAGGAAGAGGGGCUGGAGGUGGCGCGGGGCGAGGAGGAGGCUUUUGCCCCAGCCGAGUGGCUUGGAGCCUCCGAGACGGAGGACGAGAAGAGCCUGCGGCGCCGGCCGAGCCCAGCCCGGGAGCCCUCCACGCCCCAAGCUUGAGCCCCUUCAGCACCCGCUCCAGCACCCCGGGGACCCCAAAGGCCUGGAGGAGCCACCUCUCCCUGCCGCCGCCCCCAAGCCGGCGUGGGGACGCUCGAGGGACUCCCUUUCCCCUCUACCCCGCCACCGUUGCACUGGCCCGAUUCCCCCUCGGAGGUCCGAGCACCCACCCUCGUCCGACGGGUGCCCGCCGUGGGGCCGCUUUUCCCACCGCAUCCGUUUAUUCGGGGUGGUG